GUGUGUGUGUGUGUGUGUGUGUGUGUGUGUGUGUGUCUCUGUCUUCCCCGGCCGCAUGAGAUGAGCUGCCUGCAGUCUUUGCAGCCACUGUUUUCGCCUCCUCCUCCGUUGCUUCUGUCUAUCUGUCCAGUCCGGGAAUGUUGACCGCCGUGGCCUGAUCCAGCGCUGCCGAGUGUCCCUUCAUCUCCAGACCGCCACUCUCCGUUGGUGUCUCCGAGGGUCGUAGCCUGCCUCAACCGAUCUGGCUGUAAGGUUCUGCUCUGUCCAUCUUGUAUUGAAACUGAUCCAACCAGGCAAAUUGUACGAAAGAGCUGAGAAACACAAAACAUGGCUGUGGCCGGAUGUCCGGAUUAUUUCCUGCAUCAUCCAAAUUAUCAGCAGGACAAUAUAGACCGGUCCUCGAGUCACAGACAAGCUGACCUCAUCGGUCCGAGCUUCCAGCAAUCAGCCAAUCGGAGUUCUCCUAACCAUCAAGAAGAUGACGUUGAUCUAGAGGCCCUGGUGAAUGAUAUGAACUCUUCGCUGGAGAGCCUGUACUCCACCUGCAGUGGUCAGCAGACAGAGUCCACCCCACUACUGCACAACGGACAGACCUCUUCUUCACACCAACACCACCACCACCACCACCACCAUCAUCAUCAUCAUCACACACAACUUAACCACCCACGGCAGGGUCAGCACUCACACGCGCUAAGCCACGUCUCCCCGGAGCCACCCUCCUCCUCUUCCGCGGACUCACCCCAAACUAGCCUCCGACGGUCACAACCUAUGCACAUCCUUGCUGUCAGGAGGUUGCAGGAGGAGGAGCAGCAGCUGAGGACAUCAUCUCUCCCGGCCAUCCCCAACCCCUUCCCUGAGCUCUGCAGUCCAGCAAGCUCACCUGUCCUCAGUCCUGGGUCCCUACCUCCCGGUGAACCCUCCACUGGCAAAUAUAUUGUGAAGAUCUUCAGUGAAGACGGCAUGGGUAAAGUGGUGGAGAUCCCAACCAACAUGACAGCCAGGGACCUUUGCCAGCUCCUGGUUUAUAAAAGCCAUUGUGUGGAUGACAACAGUUGGGCACUUGUCGAACACCACCCGCUGCUAGGGCUAGAGCGCUGUCUAGAAGACCAUGAGCUGGUGGUUCAGGUCCAGGCCUCUAUGAGCAGCGACAGUAGAUUCCUCUUCAGGAAGAACUAUGCCAAAUAUGAAUUCUUCAGAAACCCCUUGACGUUUUUCCCGGAGCACAUGGUUGCAUGGUGCCAGGAAACCAAUCGUACGAUUCCACCAUCUCAGCUCCUUCAGAACUUCCUAGCAACCAGCAGCUGUCCAGAGAUCCAGGGGCAUCUCUAUGUGAAGGAGGUGGGUAGGAAGUCAUGGAAGAAAGUUUACAUGUUCCUGCGGCGCUCAGGACUCUACUGUUCUACAAAAGGAAGCUCAAAGGAGCCCAGACAUCUACAGUUACUAGCAGACCUAGAGGACAGCAACAUCUUCACUGUCAUCACAGGCAAAAAGCAGCAUGGUGCACCCACAGACUACGGGUUCUGCAUCAAGCCCAAUAAAGGUCGAGGGGAGUUGAAGGAGUUGAGGAUGCUGUGUGCCGAGGAUGAACAGGGCAGGACCUGUUGGAUGACUGCCUUCCGGCUCUUUAAGUACGGGAUUGUAUUGUACCAGAAUUACAAGAUUCCUCAACAAAGAAAAACCUUAAUUUCACACUUCUCAGCCCCUGUGCGGAGUGUAUCAGAGAACUCCCUUGUGGCGAUGGAUUUCUCAGGGAGGAUAGGCAGGGUGAUUGACAACCCUGUGGAAGCUCAGAGUGCUGCAAUGGAGGAGGGACAUGCGUGGAGGAAGAGGAGUCAACGAAUGAACAUAUUAGGAUCCCACAGUCCACUACACCACUCCUCACUAAGCUCAGUUAUCCACAUAGCUCAGCUGUGGUUCCAUGGCAGGAUAUCCAGGGAGGAAUCCCAUCGCAUCAUCCACCAGCAGGGACAAGUAGAUGGGUUGUUUCUGCUGAGAGUCAGUCAGAGUAACCCCAAGGCAUUUGUGCUCACAUUGUGCCAUCACCAGAAAAUCAAACAUUUCCAGAUACUACCGUGUGAAGAGGACGGCCAAGUCUUCUUCAGCCUUGACGACGGCGCCACCAAAUUCACCGACCUGAUUCAGCUGGUGGAGUUCUACCAGCUCAACAGAGGAGUGCUGCCUUGUAAACUCAAACACCCCUGCACCGUCGUGGCCUUAUGACAUCUUCGGAUCAUCUGACCCCAUGACCCCUAUCACCUGACCUGACUCUGCCUAAAACAAACAAGACAAAAAGAAUCUUUCUGUUGGGUGGUUCUUUUGUUUUUUUCUUUAUAAGAAGCUGGUGAAUUGACAGAUGUUUCAUCGUUGUUUUAUAAUGUCGUGAGUCUGCCAGAGACUGCUGACUUGUUGGAUUUCUUUUGGUUUGCAUGGAUGUUUGAGGAGUCGGAUGCACAAUUUGCUCACGAGGUUCCUUAGUCAGAAAGAGAGAACUUAAAGGAAAUGAACACUGCCAUUUGUGUCAAUGCUGUAGCAAAAUCUUCCACAAUCUUGCUAUCCACAGUCAUCGAUAAGCUUGGACCCAAAAUCUUUCAAGGUUUAAUCUCACAGUUCAAGUGUAGACUGCAUUUCCCUUCAACUGGACAAUCAGCAGGACAGUUCGAGCUUUGUUUGGACCCCUCUCCUGUCUGAGAACAAACAGUAGUCUCUCUCAAACCUUUCAUCACACGUCCUCAAAGAAUAUACCGUAGAAGGAGAGUUGAUCGUUUUGCACUCAUCGGACUGGGAGUGGCCUUUGAAAGUGCAUGACCUCUCCGCUUCAGCAUUACUUAACCAUGAGAUGGUGCCACCGCCCUCUAGUGUCAUGGGCAUGCAAGGACAUGUCCACAUUCAACAUGGAUGAGAUUUGAGGCACCAGAAAGAGCAUUGCUGUCGAAUCCUUUUGAGAUUUGGAGACAUCAGAAGUUUGUCAAGUCAAACUACCCUGGAGAAAAAGGUUAAGGAAAAUUCUGGAACUAUUAGGACAAAAUAUUUUUUUAAUAGUGGACAAUACAAAGUCUGCAUUGUCCACGCUCUCAGAAAUUAAUUUCUUUUCUCAUUGAUACAUUCAUUGCAGUUAUGUAUUGUUAUCAAUAUUCUCUUCAGUAGUUUUGUUUAAAGUCCAUUUUUUCCAUUCUGGAUAUUUGCAACUCUUCAUUAUUUACUAUACUUGUUAUUCUAUUGCACGCUCCAGUUCCUGAAAGUAUUUCCCAGGCAACUUCCACAUAAAUGAAUAAGCAUAAUUCAAACUACGGUGUCAUUCAGGGUAAAAUAACAAGUAAUAAAGUUAGAACAAUUGUAAUUAGGUAGACAGUUUUACAAGUGCAGCCAUAUGCAGUAGUUUUAUCCAUUUGCUUUUGCUGCAGGCAAAUGCAUACAUAAAACUACCUGUUGCACAAUGGAGAUCAUCAGUUUUUUGUCCGAUUCUCCUCACCACGGCACAGGGAAGGAUAACCACUAGCAUCUCCUUCAGGAGUUUUACCCACAUAACUGUCAGCAAAUCAAAGGAAACACAAUCUGUAUUACUCUUUGCCAAACAAAACUACUUCAGCCCGGAGAUACAGUGGAUCCUGUGGGCAACACCUGUCCUGGUUCUUGACCUUCUCUUCACAUAUGUUUCAGCAACCGCCUCCUACCUGCUGGAAGUCACUGAGAUGGUGUCAGACAUAAAUGUGGCUAGGAAAGUGGUUUAGUGUGCUCUGACUCCACACUGAUAGUAGACUCUGUGCAUUACUUUCCGCAUAAUGCAGCCGUUCUCUGCCUGUGAACAAACAGAAUCACAUAUACACCUACUGCCUACUGCACACCACCUAUUUAUGAAUUCAGACAGACUAUCAACAAAAAGUUAGCUGCUGCUACAGUGUGGGAAAAAAACAUGUAAGGGAAGAAGUUUGUCACACAUCAAAAUAUUGAAAACAAAUGAUGCCUCUCAUUCUCCUCUUUCCUUUCUCUGCCCAUCUCACCCGGUCUCAUUACACUUUCUUUAGUCUACUGUUCGAUAAAGUGAAAUUACUCAGUGGUAUGGAAGCAACAUAAAACAACAUAAAACAGAGGGCAAACAACUCUUACUGAGUGAGUUUGAGAGCACUGGAUAUGCCUACAGCUUGUCCCAGACAGUGUCAUUUCAGCAAAAAUCUGUUGUUUUCCGAAUGCCAGCCAAGGUCAGUCGAAGAUAUAUUAACGGAUUUCCCUUUGUUUUUUGGCCAAAUGCAGCUCCUGUAAUUAACUUCAGUGAAUGGAAGAUCUGAGCAGGGUGUCCCUAGAUAACCUGGAUCCAAAUUCUUUUUGAAUGGAUAGGGACACUUUUUUUGUGACACUAAAUGACCACGUCUGGCAGAAUGGAACUAAAUGGAAAACACAUAAAGGUCAAACCCCAGCAGUCUCAUACUGAGAGACACAGAUAAAUACUCAACUUUCUUGUUUGGAUUUCUGUUGAUAGUUAAACUAAGACCGUUUUGUAACUUCACAUAAGUCAUUCCCGGUGAAAUAUCUUACCACAAACAGCAGUUUUUGCUUUUUUAUUUCUUCACCUGAAAUUUCUAAACACUCACUUGAAAGUUUUCUAUGAGUCCAAGUUUUGUUGGUGGUAGCUCUGUUUAGACCAACAGCCAUCUUUUAAGGUAUAUUUAACAUCUGAGAUGCAGAAUAGCCGCACUAUAUUGACACUCUGUGUGGUCAACAUCUAAGAUGCAAUGACUCAGUCAUUUUUUUAAAGUAUUGUUGCAGCAAAAUGUAUUUAUUUAUCUGGAUGUGACUGAUUACUUGAAAAUUUUAGAUUUCCUUUUCCCAGCACUGUUCUGUACUGUUUUUUUUUGUCAUUACAAUGAAAUGAUUGACCAGAUUGAUUUAUUAUUAUUAUAAUAAUUAUUAUAAUAAUUAUUAUUAUAAUUAUUGCAAUGUCAUAGCAUCUAUUGAGUUUUUUACUUUCUUUUUUUUAUUUUGGUUUUGAUUAUUCAAGAAUAAUUUAACAAGACUUAUGAAGUGAUGUUUUAAAGCACACUGGCAUCCAUAGUGUUAACAUUUUUGUCCCAGUAGAUGACAGGGGGAAUGUUGUGAAAUUGAAAACAAAGAAAAAAACACUUGAGUUUCCCAAAACAUUAGUCACUCAGGUGUUUCUUCAUACCCUUUUUAAUUACUGUUUUUUUUUUCUCCCCAACUUAUAAAAAUAUCUUCUUUUAAGAAUUCUACACGUUUUUGUUAAAAAAGCCCCAAGUUUUCUUAUCAUCACUGUCUUGUGGUGACCUAAACUAGAAAAAAUAGAUAUGAAGUAACAAAGCCACAAAUGUUGUAGGAAAUCGGUCUCAAGUAAGCCUCAGCGUCCUCAUAAUUCAUUGUUAAAAUGCCAUUCCUUAAAGAAAGAAUUGUAGAAAUUUAGAUGUAGAAAAAAAAAACCUUUUUACAUUCAAGUUAAACCUUUUCAGUGAAAAUCUUGAAAUGCCUAGAUUAGUCAUAAUUGAAGAAAUGCAUACCAACAAUCGCCCCACACAUAUAAUAAGGCAUUGUCACAAUUUCCUCUGUGUUAAUUUAUACCCUUAAAACUGCAAUGAACAGGGAACUUACCAUACCAUAACCAAACCUUACCAGAGCAACAUUGUUAAAUGGGUUACAGCAUUGACCUCAGGAUGAAGAAACUGAAAUGAAUAGGUAGAUUUUAUCAUUUGCAUGAAUGUGGAACUUGAGUUUGUUGUGUAGGGAGUCUGUCAUAUCUGAUAUCUGAUACGUUGAUAUUUGGAGGAAUCUGGAUUAUAACAAUACAGAAAUUCGUUUGUAGUUGCUGAAAGUCAUCUUAAGCUAUUAUGACCUCAGCGCAAUGUUGAUGCUAGUGAUUUCUACGUACUAAUUUAAGUCCCCUGAGAUUCAGAUUCAGUCUACCCACUUUGCUCUCAUUCUCGAAUUCCCAAAUAGCAUUUUUCUUUCUGACUGAUGUGAAUGGCAAAAGAUGUUAAUGUGAGGGACAGGUCGGUUAGUGUUAGUACCUUCAUAAAAAGUGUCACAGGAUCUUAUUUACUCUAAUGCAAAAGCCGUAAAGUAAAUUCAAUUAGUGAACACAUGGACCGAUAAAUCAGGGGAUUUGAAUAUCCACAUUUUUACACAGAGAUGAAUGUAACUGGGUUGCUCAGGGUUGACUUGGAGCAUGUUAAAAACUACUGGUCCUUCAGAUCUCGAGGACUUUUAUGUACAGGAUGUUAAUGACUCUUGAAUAUUUUAGUUUCAUUAAGCUGGGAGUUGUUAACUUCUCUCCAUUAUGUGCACCACCCAUCUGCUAGUUGUGAUUACUUGAAAAUAUCAUUGCAGCAAAAUUGAGUAGAUUCAGUACUAUUUAAAGAGUACAUUUAGUUUAACAGUGUUUUUAAUAUUAUUGAUUAAUCUGUUCAUAAAAAAGCCUAAAAUACUUGCCUGGCUACCUGAGCUGAUUCAAAGCCCCAUCAAACAAUGUUACCUAUUCAGCCUCAGUUAUCACACUGGGCUGAACAACAUCUGAACAAUUUAUAAAACACGCUAAAUACUCGUGCCAUCAAUUCUAGUAAUUUAGAAGAAAUUAUGAUCUAAUCUGAUUCAUUGAAUUCUAUUAUGCUGUGUUUUAUAGAGAUGGUCAAGUACACACUCAAGAUGUGUGAAUAAAAUAACUGACAGUGUAGCACAGUGUCAGUUUUGGUAGCCAGGUAACUUUUAACCACAGAUGGUGCCUCUGAUGACUCCUCUUUCUCUGCAUAAACAAGACCUAACAUUUGGGCUGAAUGACAGACAAAGCUACCCUUCAGAGGGGACCAUUCACACUCGAAAACCUUGCAAUUUUAAUAAGUACUACUCAAUGAAUACAAUUCAGCAACAGAAAACGGCACUCUAAAAGAUUCUGGCGAAACGUGAUCGAGAAUGAAUGCUUGUAUUUUCAGCUGCAGUUUCAGUUUACUUUUUGAAUUGAAAGUGCAUUGGCCCCAAUCCUACGAAGAUGGAUUGAAUCGAUUAUCAUCUUGGUUCUUGUGCAUUUUCAUAACAUUGUCACGAUGCCAGAUACCAUGGCUGUACAAAUGAGUAAAGUAAAAAAUAUAUCUAUAUAAAAAAAUAUAAACUAUUAUGUAUUUCAGGGAAUGCAAAAAAGAAAACAGUAACUUAUCUCUUUUUUGUAAGAGAGAGCUCCUGUAUUCAUAAUGUGCUUUGCUUCAAUCUGUAAAUAGUUGAAUGGCUUAUAAAUCUUAAUUGUAACCUUUUCAGGUAUUUUUGUACAAAUAAGGGACUGAUAUAUUCUGUUUAUUGUAAUUAGAA